AGUUGUUGGAUGCGGUCCCUAAUUUACAAGAAUUAAAAAAAAUUCCCGGUUUAGAUUUGCAUCCCCUUAAAGGUAAACGACAAGGUCAACAUGCUAUCAAAGUAAAUGACCAGUUUAGAGUCUGUUUUAUUUGGGGUAAAGACAAUAAUGUUUAUGAACCUAUUCAUCCGGGUGAAAUCAUUCGCGAAGAAUUUAUGUUACCUCUACACUUAACUAGUGAAAAGUUGGCUCAAGAUAUAAAACUAGCCCCCCAAGAAGUGGAGGCAGUUAUUCAAGAAAAAAAAGACCUUAAUAUGGACUUAAUUUGUCGUUUAAGUGCUUAUUUUGACCUCCCCGUAGAAUUCUG